AUGGAGGUUGCGUUGAAGGAUGGUUUGGAAAAGUUCUUUGAUAGUGUGGUGUUGAAAGAGUGGACGGAAAAGAUGAAUGAGCUUUUUAGGGAAGUGCAUGAAGGCGCAAACAACAAAAAAGUGAAUGAGCUGGAGGGUUAUAAUGAGUUAAAUAUGAAUGAUAUGGUUGAUGGUGGUGGAGGAAAUAGUUCACCUAUUAAAGGAUUGGUGUAUAGAAGGAAAAAGCUAAUAUCAGGAUUCAGUGGGGAUUAUUUGGUUGGAAGAAAUUUAGGAGAAGCUGUUGAUAAUACUGCAGAAGAUGUUGAUAAUGAAUAA